AUGGCGCCUCCCGAGUCGCUGAUCUCCGCGGAAGCCCCCGCCAUCGGCGGAGACGGCGGAGAUUCCGAGUCGCGCGCGAUUCCAUGGGGUCACCCGGAGCGGCUCGACCUGGCGAUGGGCUCGCUGGUGGACGACAAGACGCGGUUCCGCAAGGAUGUGAAGAAGGCGCUUCGAGGAUUGACGGAGGAGCAACGCACGGCUGAAGACGUGGCAGUGCAGCGCCACGUGGUGCAGGCUGAUUGGUUCAGGUCCGCGCAGCGCGUGGCUGCUUACAUCAGCUGCCGGAAAUUGAGGGAAGUGGAGACUGCUGACGUCAUCAGCGACCUGCUCGGGAGAGGAGAUGGACGGUCACGAUCCAACGUGUACGGUGAACAGGAGCCGUUGGAUCUGAUUCUCGUGCCGGGGUUGGCGUUUGAUCGCAGCGGUGGGAGACUGGGCCGAGGAGGAGGGUACUACGACGUGUUUCUCUCGCAGUACUUGGCGCAUGCCCAAACAAAGCAGUGGAAGCAACCGCUCAUAGUCGCUCUGGCCUACAAGGCACAGAUCCUCUCCUCGCCCCUCCCCAUGGAAACAUCUGACGUCCCCGUUAGUGGCAUCGUGUGUGCUGACGGCUUCCUUGCACCGCAUUGA